AAACCCACUUCUCAAAAAUCAAUCCAUCACUAUCACUCCCUAGCUAGCUAGGAAGUUAAGGAAGAAAGGAAGAAUGUCAUCGGCGGCAGGGAUGUCCGUUGGCGUGUUCGCCGGGUUCCACGGCCUGAAACAUAACUCGUCGCCGGCUACGAAGCAGUUAUACGAUGUUGCGGCGUGGAGGAGGAAGGCUGCUAGUAGUACCGUGUCGAACGGUUCGAAGGUUUGCUGUAUGAGGACGUGGAACCCGAUCGACAACAAGAAGUUCGAGACGCUGUCUUACCUUCCUCCGCUGUCACAGGACUCCGUCGCCAAGGAGAUCGAUUACAUGAUCAAGAAGGGCUGGAUUCCUUGCCUUGAAUUUGACGAGGUGGGAUAUGUGUACAGGGAGAACAGCAGGAUGCCAGGGUACUACGACGGCAGGUACUGGACUCUGUGGAAGCUGCCGAUGUUCGGUUGCAACGAUUCGUCCCAGGUGCUGAACGAGAUCGAGCAAUGCAAGCAGACGUACCCUAAUGCUUACAUUCGCUGCCUCGCAUUCGACAACAUUCAACAGGUCCAGUGCAUGGCUUUCCUCAUCCAAACUCCCAAUUAAGCUAGCUAGGUAUUUCCCCCUUGCAUCUUCCUCAACUUAAUUAGAUGCAUCGAUCUAGCUACCAUUACCAUUGGGGGCGCCCUUCGUCGCUUGUUCUGCUGAAUAAUCUUUCCUCAAUAAAGACUGCAAGAGGGUUUGCUGAAUGGGGUUCUAGGGUUUGCCUAGCUAGCAGCUUGAUCAUGGGGGUUGUUUUGAAGCUCUACUCUUUCAAACCUUCCAAGACCUACAUACAUUAUAUAGCUAAUAGCUGGUUAUGUAAUAAUGAGUAGUUGUUUAA